AUGGGAGCCUGUGCGAGCACGCCUAGGAAGUCUGAUAUUCUUGAAACCCCUGCCACCACCGAAAACGCUGUCGUUGAGUCCAAGAACGUCCAAACCGAAGCUGUAUCUCAGGAGAAGGCAGAUGAAGUUGUUGCAGAGAAGAAGGAAGAGUCUAAUGUAGAUGAAGCAGAGAUACAGAAGGAGGCUGAACCAGCCAAACCGGCGGAGGCAGACAAGCCUGUCGAGGCUGUGAAGACCGAGGAAACUCAAGAAGCUGCUGUUGAUGAGAAAGCUUCUUCUGGUGAGACUGAGCCACCAAAACAAGAGGAGGCUACAACCGCCAGUGAUACCAAAACUAACGAAGAGCCUCUUGCAACCCUUUAA